AUGGCAGCCAAGAACCAUUACAGGAACCCUAAGCCCCGUGAUCAAAGAUCCUCGAACGAGCACGGUGUGAAAACGCGUCCUAAUUCAAAUUUCCCCCAACGCCCCCAAGAGUCUGAAUCUGCCAACAAGAGCGCUGCGCGCCAUGUCAAUGACCACAACGUAUCUCGAUCUUACGCCGAAUGUUACCCGAGGUUUUCAACAGCGACUCCUCCCCUGAACUUCGAGCAUGCCAGACCAGGUGCCGCUACCAACCAAAAUGCACCCGAAUGCACAGAAUAUACCGUUGGGUGGAUCUGUGCUCUACCAACAGAAAUGGCGGCAGCUGAAGAAAUGCUUGAUGAGGUUUUUCAACACCCUGGGCAGGGGAUGUUGGAUGACAACAUCUAUGUUGUAGGCCGUAUCGCCCAUCUCAAGAUGGUCAUAGUUUGUUUGCCAUAUGGUGUUGCAGGUACCACGUCUGCGACUCUGGUCGCAGAACAGAUGCGUCAGACCGUCACUGCAUUGAGAUACACUCUCUUGGUGGGUGUUGGGGGCGGUAUGCCGAGUAAGGAAUUCGAUGUGCGAUUGGGGGAUGUUGUUGUCAGCGCACCUUCGCGUAGUUCACCAGGAGUCGUCCAGUAUGAUUAUGGUAAAGACAUACAAAACGAUAUCUUCAUAACCACCGGUCAUUUGAACCUGCCGCCAGUGAGAUUACUCAACGCUAUCUCACGACUUGAGUCCCAGAAAGUAUCACGACUUUCUGGGGCAAUCUUCCCUAUGGCGAGGAGUAUCGACCGGUUGCAAGCUAGAUACGCUAAUUCUGAACACAACUGGUCAUACCCAGGCAGAGACAAAGACCUGCUGUUCAACAGCUCUUACGACCAUAAAGAGGGCUAUCACACAUGUGAGAUGUGUGACACAGCCUACCUAGAAGAGCGUCCAGAACGCGGAAGCAUACGGCCUAAGGUUCACUAUGGAACGAUAGCAUCCGCCAAUCGAGUUAUGCGCAAUGGUGCUGCUCGAGAACGACUACGCCUGGACAAAAACGCUUUGUGUGUCGAAAUGGAGGCAGCUGGGCUUAUGAACAACUUUCCAUGCUUAGUUAUCCGUGGAAUCUGCGAUCAUGCUGAUUCUCACAAGAACAAGGAUUGGCAGCUCUACGCUGCAGUCACAGCGGCUGCGUAUGCGAAGGAGUUAUUGUCAGUCAUGCCAUGA